AUGGAUAAUUAAUUAGUGCUAUCUAGACAAGUCAGUGAAUAGUAGAUAUUUGAUUUGUAAAUUCAAGCUAUCACUUAAAUGUGCAAUUUUCAUAAAAUAAGGCUUGGAAAUAUCAUAGAUUCUAUGCAUCAAAAAAGUUCUUAAUUCAUAGAAGAAAGCAUCAAAUUAAUUGAAAAAGAAGUCUAAGAUCAUUCAUUUUGGUAAUUAACAUCAUAAACAAUUAAUAAAGUGCAUAAAAAUAUCGAAUAAUUAGAAAAGAGAUUAAAAAAUGAGAUGAACAUCGAAAAAAAUAACAUAUAACAUUAAAUUAAGCUUAUUUCAGAAUAAAUCAGAGAAUUUAUUACAAACAUUAUUUUGAUAAUAAAUUAAGUAACUGAAAGCACUACAGAAAUUACUAAGAAACUUUUUAAAAUCCUUAAAGAAAUUGAAGAACUUUUAAUUCGAAUGAACAAUCUAAUUAACUCUAAUAGUAGUGCUCUUUCACAUAUUAAUUUUUCCUUGGCUAUUUCAGUUUUCCUCGCUGAGGUUGGUUUUGAAUGGAUUACAGGAAAAUAAAUGAGAAAUUUAAUUAAAGGAGCAACUUAAAUUGCUUUGCCAUUUAUUUUUGCAGUCAAUGCAAAUAAAUAAUUAAAAAAACAAUUUAAUGAUUUGAAAUGUCAUUUUGAAAAUUAAAAAAAAUUAAUUGAUUAAAAUGUUACUAAAAGUAUUUCAGAAAUGAAUAUAGCUAUGGAUGAAGUUAUUAAAACCUUUUUAACUAAUAUUAAAAGACCUAAUCUUAUUGACUAAAGAGCAAUAGCAUGGCUAGAUAAUAACAUUGAAAGUCUUGGAAAUACUUAAUUAGCAAUUAAAAUUAAAAAUUUUUUUCCAAAUAUUUAGCAUUAUCAUUUUACAAGUGAUCAUCAAAGCCUUUUAAAAUUUUUGAAUGAAAAUUACAUAACUUUUUUGAUAUUACAAGGAUCAAUUGCAAAAGAAACUUUGGAAAAGCUUAUGACCUAUCCUAAUAUACAUUCUAUACUUAUUUAUUGUUCGUUUCCGGAUAAGUAUAUAGAUCUAAUAUAAAAGUAUAAAUCAAUUGUGUUUAUCACAAAUCAAUAAGAUGAAGUUAUUGGAAAAUUAGAAAUAAAUUUAGCUCCAUCCUUAACUUUAAGAGAAAUCAAUUUAUACUAAUUUCCUAACUAUUUCUAACAGAAUGCUGCUCUCUAUUAUCUAUCUGAAGAAUUUUCAUUAAAUAGUAUACCUUAACUUUCCUAAGCUGAAGCUCUCUAAAUAAUUUAAAAUGCAAUGUAAUUUGUCCCAAACACAGUUUAUAAAUUAUCUGAAGAUGCUCAAUUAGAAUUGUCUAUUUAAAUUCAUGAAAAAUUUAGAAAUGGAAAAAUUGAAGAUAUCAUCAAUCUUUACACAGGACCCAGCGGUUUUUUUAAGUUAAUCAAUAAAUUGUUAUAAAGUUUGAAUGAAAGAGCAAUUUUAGAAGCAUCAGUUUUAAUAUAAUCAUUAAAAUAUAGUUUAGAAAAAUACUAAGACAAUAUUGAAACGAAUUUGUUUGUUUCUGAUGACUUUUUUCUUUACAGAGGAGUAGAUUGUUCAAUGGAUUCAUUUAGGCUUAAACAUAAAUUAUAUGAUUUAAUGAUGUUUCCUGCAUUCACCUCAACUAGCAGAGAUUUUGCAAUAAGUAAGUCUUAUGCUAAAGAAUCAGGUAUUAUUUUUAGAAUCUCAUUCAAUGAAAAUAAUUUAAAUGAUUCUCAUUUUUAGAUGGUUCGACCAAAAGCCAUUUAUUCUGUAUCAUAAUUUUAAAACGAAUAAGAAUAUUUAUUCUCUUGUUUUUCGUGCUUUAUUAUUACAAAGUUUAAUGAAGACAACAUUAUAGAUAUAGAAUUUGUUAAGAUUUGA